GGUACACUCACUAUUGGCUGCUAUACUGGAUAAUUCAAAUUGACACACACAAACCCUGAAAGAUGGCCAGUGAUGUUCUCUACUCCACUGUUGACUUUUCUCAAAAGAAUCAAGGCAAACGAGCAGCUAAUAAAACCAACGCAGGAAAGGAAGAUGAUGUCACCUACGCUACAGUGAAGUUUGGAGAAGCUCCGAGCCGCCAGAAACAGCAAGCAGCCUCCAGCAGCACAGCGGAAGCAGGAAAGGAAGAUGAUGUCACCUACGCUACAGUGAAGUUUGGAGACGCUGCGAGCCGCCAGCAACAGCAAGCAGCCUCCAGUAACACAGCGGACCCCAUUGCUGGUAAAACUUCUCCAUACAGAUGGUCUGCAUUGGUCCUGGCAGGACUGUGCACUCUCUCAGUGGCUGCCAUUAUAUUCCUCUCAGUCUACAUUUCUAACUUCCAGACCAAGAACCUCAAACUUCAGUCCCAGUAUUCAGAACUGGAAAGGAACUACACAGACACAGUUACUAACUUCCAGACCAAGAACCUUGAACUCCAAUCCCAGUAUUCAGAACUAGAAAGGAACUACACCAACAUCUCUGCCACAGUUUCUAAGUUGACAGUGGAGAGAAAUCAAAUCCAAUCCUGGUAUUCAGAACUGGAGAAGAACUACAGCAACAUCUCAAAGAAAUACUCAGCACUGGACCAGUACUGUCCCAUCGUAGACACCUCUUCCAAGGAGCGAGUUUGUAAAUCCUGUCCACAGAACUGGGAGCUGUUCAAUGGCAAGUGUUACUACUUCUCCACUGAUAAAAUGAACUGGAACUCCAGCCGUGAUAACUGCACAUCACUGGGGGGGCACCUGGUGAUUAUAGAGAGCGAUGGAGAGCAGAAAUUCCUAUCGGAUAAGGCUUGGAACAUCACGCAGGCUAAUAUAAUCAAAGAAGAGGAGAAAGCCCACUGGAUCGGCCUGACUGAUGCUGUUACUGAAGGAACCUGGCUCUGGGUGGACGGCACUCCUCUCAUUGGCAAUGUCCAAGCAAAAUUCUGGGGCAGUAGGAUUUAUAACGGUGUUGAUUAUGGUAAAGAGCCUGAUAACUAUACUGGAGUGGACCCGUCUGGGGAAGAUUGUGCACAACUACAGCCAAAGAGGAAUUCCAAUGAGACCUGGUUUGAUGCCUUGUGCACAAAACAAUAUAAAAGGAUUUGUGAAACUAAGACAGUGAUUGCCUAAUAAGAGGAUUAUCAGGACAAUAGGAAGUUAGGGUUGCUGAAGCACAAAGAAAGAUUAGAAAGAAUAGAAGAAGCUCAGUUCAGAUAGACAAGCAUGCAGGUCAUCCCCCAACAUUACCAUAUUAACCGUUUGAUUCCCACAUUAUGAAAAAGCACAGAUAACAAUGAGCUGGUGGUUAUUUGUAUUUAAUGUAGUCUGGCCUUGAGAACAGAAUUGCAUUGUUGUUCAGAAACAAAACUGAAACAUAAGAAUCUCAAAAUGUAAAAGUGCAUCUGAGACAUAAAACUUACCUCAGGUAGUUUAGCAAUGUGAUCAGAAUUUCAGUAUUUAUUUAAAACCACUGCACACAUGCACCGAAGUGACUCGCUAACCCUGAUCUCUUGUAAAAUAUAUAAAUAUUGGAUUCACCCAAAUAUAAUGUGAAAGCUCUCUAGGAGGCUAGGAACAGUUAUCAUGUUCACCAUGUAGAGUGGGACACACAGAAAGACACGAUGAGUGCAGAAAGCUCCACAUCUUGCAUGAGGACCCUAACAACAAGAUUGGAAGCCCUGUUCACACUUGUAUCGGUAGGAUACUAGUACAGUUUGUUUCAUUAUAGAAUAUACCGGUAUGAAUCCACUUUCUCUCCUAACUCAUUUUCCAAUACUGGUACAGAAUCGAUACAGCUGCGAUAUACCUGUCCACAUUCAUGUAUGUUUAAAUCAACAGUGUUCGGGUUCUGGACUUGUUUCCAUGAUGACCUCUGUCACAUCUGUUAGUGGUGUUUUAGAGUGGCACUGCUCUUCAGUACCCUUUACCUCAUAGUCAUCAUCACUUAUUUAGUAGGAGAUUAUUUUGUCACUUAUUUUGGCAUUUUUGGUGCAGCCCAUGAUACGGGUAUUGCUCACCGUAAAAUGUAAAGCUGUUUAAAGUAUUUAAACUUUAAAGCAAGACAUGUGUGUGCUUCAGAAUAUUAACUUACCUGUAUCACCGUGUCGGUUUACCUUUCCACACUUAAGCUGUUCCGAGUCCUAACGAAACAGUACCGGUACGAAACCUCUUUUGUGAGUUUCGUAACGAUACAGUUACAUCGAUACGACAACAGUAAGAACUCCCGUCUGGACAGAUGUUUCAGUAUGGUUCCGCAACGAUACCGGUAUAAAAAUGCUAGUGUGAACAGAGCAAAA